CCAGUACACCAGAAUUUUGUUUCCAUUUUUUUCUUUUUGCAUUGACAAGAUUUGUCCAGUAUUGUACAUCAGCAUUGUUUGAAUAUGUACAUGUGGAACUUGACAACUCUCCUUCCUCCAUGACAAUACAAAAAACUGUUACAUUCUCGAUGGGCAUUUUACACUGCAAAGCAUCAUGGAGAUACUUUUGUAAAUAAAGUCUUGCAGUGGAAAAAUAUCCAGCAUUUACCUUUAACUGUACUGCAUGUAUCUACAUGUAUGAACAACCAUUGCCUACAACUUGACACUCAUCAUUGAAUAUUGCACGAUCAUUUAUUGCACACACACAGGUAUUGUACAUGUACAUACCUUGUUUAUAUUCCCUGUAAAUUUCCCCACUGCACUGUACAAUAUUUGGCCAGGCUUAUGUCUAAUCAAUUUACAGCUCUGUUUACCAUGCAUUGAUAGCCACCCAGGGCCUCUGUUUGAUGUUUGCAUCAAACCAUGGCAACAGUUCUGCACAUGUCAAUGGGCAUAAUGAGCCUCCAAGGUGUAGCAGUGAAGUGCCCUGGACUAGUUGAGAAUACAUGAAGAUGUUUCCAUCUGUCUGUUUGGGGAGGCCGGACUGAAACUGAAAGUCUUUUGUGAACUGUCAUGGACUGUCACUAAUGGAUGAGAGUGUAAAAUCCCAAAUCUUUGGAGUGAUGGCAGCAUCCAUCAUGUGACGGCCCACCGUUGCUAUGAUCACCCGCCGCCCCCAGUAAUGGCGGACAGCCACGCAUACGUCUGGAGGAGCCUCUUCCCAGAGAGCCCCUGCCGGCGGCCCUGCCAUCGCAGCAAGCAGGCAGCCUGCCGUGACGGUGCGCAGAUCUACGUGUACGGCGGGCGGGAUGGGCACCAGACCCUGCAGGACUUCUGGCGCUACGACGUACAGACCAACAUCUGGACACGGCUGGAGUGCGGCGGGGACUCGCCCCCGCCAUUGCACGAGCACACCAUGGUCGCUCAGAGGGGGUGUUUGUUUGUCUUUGGAGGGGAGCUGGGCUAUGGCAGCUGUGGCGAGACCCCACUGUGGGUCUACAGUCUGGCCAAACAGACUUGGGAGAAGCCUGUCAUUGAGUCCGAGGUUGUAACCCCCACUGGUCGGCGGGGUCACACGGCCGUGGUGUGGUGUGGGGGAAUGCACGUGUACGGUGGCUACGUUGACUUGAAGGGCUCAUCCAAUGAGUUGUGGACGCUCGACUUUGAGACAAGAUGGUGGCACCUAAGUGUGGAUGCCCAGGGGGAGAACUCGCCCUCCCCCAGGCACUGGCACUCGGCCGUCAUCCACGAGGGCAACAUGUGGGUGUACGGAGGCCUGAACAACCUGCAGCCACUUAGAGACCUGUGGAAAUGGAACUUUGAAUCCAGGCAGUGGACCCGAAUCAGAGGCCGGCAAAGUCCAGGCUUCCUCCACGGCCACAGCGCGGUCCGGGUGGCUAACAGCAUGAUGAUUUUUGGAGGAGAGGACAGCGAGGGAGAAUAUAGAAAUGAACUUUGGAAGUUCAACUUUGGCUCAACCAGCUGGCACACUGCAACGCCAAACCGUAGAAUCACCCCAACCUCUUGCACACGCCACGUCCUGCUGUCCAUCCCAUCCAACCACAUCAUAGACAAUUCCUACCUCAGCACCCUACGAGACAAUCAGCGGCCCCUGUCUGCCCCCACGCAGGCCCACAAUGAGAGAGGUCCGGACAGGGUUGGGGCAGAAACCCCUGUAAGGCUACUGAUGGAUAGGUUUGUUGUGCGGCCCCAUUCCUCCCCACCGGUCAUCGGCAGUGAAAGGCGACGGCGGGAUCUUCCGAUCCACCGUUUUGCAAACAGGGUUCACCCGUCCGCGGAUGACGAUGUGGAUCCCCUGGCUUCGGCAAAGAAAACCUUGUUCAUUUCGGAUCAGGACGAGGAAGGGGAUGCCGAAGAAGUUACUGAGGAUGGAAACUUGGUCACCAUGGAAACACAGGAGAAUGCAAAGAUGUGCACUCAGGGAGAUGGAGAGAAGACAGAGAAUGGCAGGUGGGCCGUUGCCAUGAGAGCUGAUCAGAUGAAGGAUCGUAUCCAGGGAGACAAAGAGAGGACUGGUCACAGACACUGGGCCAUCACGUCAGCCAUUUCUUCCGAGGACGUGGAUCAAGUAGAGGAGAAAGAGACCAGCAAACUCAUCAUCAACGAAGAAUCUCCACUUCACCAGCAUCACACCGACAAGAGAUGGGCUUACCAAGAUGAAACUACAGUGAGUACGCAUCCUGUUAAUCUCCAGCAACAGAACGGAGAGUGGGUCCUGGAGGAUGUGCUGAGCGAGCCCUCGUCACCAGUGUCCGUCAAGAGAGUUCCGUCAAAUACAGGAUAUGUAUCAAGUGCAAUGUCAAAAUCAGGCCCCGUUGUUCCCCAUGCCUCAGCCAUCCAAGACUGCAUAACACUGGACUAUAUAGAGCCAGAUUACAUGUGCAAUAAUCGUGUAGAGGCUGACCAGAGUUGUUCCCGGCUGCUCAAGAAUGAUACCUCAAUUUUAAAUACUGGUUUAAAUGUUCAAGUAGACACUGGCUGCAGUUUUCAUCGUGCUGAUGUUUCAAGUAGAUCUUUUGAUAACGAUGCUAACGUGGAAUGUAAUCGUGGUAGUUAUUACGACACGGAGCAGUGUCUUUAUUCAGAGUUUCCAUCUGUUUUAGAGCCAGAAGAACGAGUGACUGUGUCGGCAACAGCCAGCCAAAUGUCAAAGAUGUCAAAUGCCAAAGAUGUCAAGUACGUGAGACCAUUGGAUGUGGGAUCUUCUGAAAGUAACGUCAAGGUCACGGAUAAACUCCAGUUGCUGCCGUCAGAUGAGAAAUCAGUGGUGACUUUUGUCAAUUUGGGUUUCACAUCUUCGCAUGAUGAUCUUCAACAUGCUGAAUAUCCACAGGGUAGAGAUGUUCAAGUUCAUUGUUCGCGGCCUUCGAAAAAAGUUGAAAGUAGAUCAGUUGACCAAUCAGACAGUGUGCAUGUGCCAAAUGACCAAUCAAGUGUCACUCUAUAUCCCGAGAAGGGACAUUUCCCGAUGUAUCAUAGUGAUGCUUUUCACCAAUCAAAACCACCGGCACUCCUUGUAAAUCAUGCAGUUGACCAAUCGCCAGCCCUCUAUCAAUCUGUCAACCCAUCCCAGCCCCUCAUGAACCAUACAGAGCAUCAGAUGUCCCACUUGAAACGAACCCCCUACCAACGAGUAAUUCAGGUGAAGCCCACCAAUCACAGAGUCUGCCACAUUACCGUGGAAGAGACAAGCCAACCGAGUGACCAAUCAGGCCCUACAUUCCACCAACUUCAGCAGAGCCAAAGACCAACAGGGUACAGAGAGAGUAGCAGUAAGGACAGCAGGCCUCGGCUUCACGCCAGGUCUCAGACAUUGAAUAAUCUGCCAGGCAGAAACCCAACAGAUGUACAGCGACCCCAGAGGCUGCAUUUAAGUCAACUUUCCUCAGGACAACACAGAGAGCUGCUGUUGAAAGAUAGUCAGGAAGAGGAGGACGUCUGGGUGUGGCCAGUCUUCCUGUUCCUCAUGGGCGGUGAAGAGACCGGCUCCUGCAGUCUGCAUCAGAACAACAGCCCCAUGUCCGUGUGGAAGUGCUGCAUUGUGCGAGGAAAACUCUCCGACAGUGAAGUCCAGCACAUGUUAUCACAGUACUAGCAUUCCGGCAGAAGUCACAACGGAACAGUUCAAGUGCCCUGCACGUGAGAGAAAUACGACUUCAUAAUCCAUGUGGGGUUUGUGCCGGGCAGGGUACUAAAAUGUACCAAGCCCAGAGCCAAGAAAUUAGGCGCACUUGGGCGUUUCGGAGCAUCACAGCGUUUUAUUUGUAGAACAAAGUUUGGCAAUAUGUACGUUCAACAAGACGUGUCUACAAUGCAUUCGAAAUUUUUGAGUGAUGUUUCCCCCCAAAAGUUUGGACGUUUUAUUUUACUGAUGUUUGUGUGCCAAGAAAAUGUACAUUUUUAGAAAAAUGAUUGCCGAAUUCCUAGAUAAAGAGUCUCACAGAAUUUUAUAUAUGUAGUUAUUUAUUAGCAGAUGAAUGUGUAUAUUUUCACACGCACUAUAUUCAACAUUUUGUACGUUGCAAGCUUUCCAACAUUGCCACUGUUUAAUAGGUUUGAACUUGACAGUACUUGAUGAAUGUACUGUGUGUAUUUCACUAAAAGAGGGGAAUCUAAGUAGAAGUCAUCUUUUACAUUAAAAGCACUGUGAUUUCACUUCAUAGACAUGGCAUAUCAAGACUGUGGCUACAUCGACAUAAGGCAAACAAGGAAAAUUAGGGAAAGAUUUCAAAUCGGUACGGGAGCAGAAUCCGGAAAAUGCAAAGCUGGUGUGAAGUCAGGGUUGGGGAAAUGACUUCAAUGUUUUUAAGUCUAGUUUUGAGUAGGAGUGUUUGGCCCCAACUUGGGUAUCUGUCCUAACUAGAGUGGGGAGGAUUCCGACUAUAGUGCUACAGCUGGGCCGGCCCAAAUAUUAAAGAGCACUGAAUGCCAUUGUGUGCCAUAGCAUGUACCAACACCAAUUUGAUUGUCAGUAACUUGUGCAAAAAGAAUCUAUUUUUAUGCAGUAUGUGUUAUGGAUGAAAUGCCAUUUUAGCAUAUUUUGGAUGAAUUCUUAUGAGUGCGAGCCGCAAAACCGUGGAGGUUGAGAAAUUUCCUGCUGAAGUUUGCCAACUGCAGUUGGGCCAGCCCAACUUCAACACCACAGUUGGGACUGUCCCAAACUGUAAGUGGGACUGAUGCCACCAUUGGGAAGAAACAGAAGCACCGAUGCUUACAAUCAUUCAGACCUUGGGGCCAUUUCAGAGCUGUCAAGUACUGAAAUGUGCUAAUUAUUGCUUAGCCCUUAAUUUUGCUAAGCAGGAUUUUUCUGCUCAUAGGCUCUAUGAAAUUGGAUACCACCUACUCACCCCAGAUAGGAUACAUGAAAAUCAGACAGAAUCAGUGUGAACAAUCACUCUCAGAAUGGCGUCAUAUUUGAUAAUCUACUUGGUAGGCCAACUUGAACAGCGUCCACAUCCAGCGUACAGUGAGGAAACGCCCCAGUUGAAUCGGCAGCCCUUGGCAGCAGUACAGCAGUUUGAGUCUAUCACAAGUCCUUUCCCCAAUCCCUUCCAAGUCUAUAUGCAAGUUCAUUCAAUAGAGAAUGACAAUGUUGUUCACGAACAAAGUUCGCGUGUUGAUUCUCGUCAUUCGGAAUCCUGUUCUCGUGUUGAGAACGGGGUUUCGAAUACGUCCCCAAUGGACUAGACCGAUGCACUACUUGGCACUAACCCGAUAAAAUCCUCAAGCAUUCCUCAACAAGUUCACAGCUCAGCUUGGUUUGUAGUAGCUCAGACAACCACCUGGACACCAUGUUCAACACAUCUAUGCACUUGCACAAGCAUUAUUUGCUGACCUUCACAUUUCUGGAUGAAAAAAUGAGCACGAAACUACAACAGUGCUGUGUUACAGAGACAACUUUAUUUCCGUUGUUUAUAUAGCUGUAUGUAAUCACUAGUCAUUUGUGGCAAGUUUUUACAAGAUCAGUUUUCGUGUUUUUUAUGCACAGUUUACUUUACAAAUGAAUAUAAUGCAAAACAUAUGAAGAAUUCUUACAACUUAUAUAUAUAUAUGAAAAAGUGUCUUUGCAAGCAAAGUGUUACGAACAAAUAAAUUUUUCCCACACAUA